AAGUUAUUUUUUCCUUCUUCUUCCUUCCUGACUCUAGCCAGGACGAGAGGUGGAAGCAGCGAUGGCGGCUACUUCGGGGCGGCUGGUUCUGCUCGCGUCGUGGUUGCUGGUGUCGCUCUUGAUCGCCCAGGUCUCCUGUGAAUUUGGCAUGGUCCAUGUCUUCUCGGAGAAAGGGAGCACCAAAGGCAAGGAUUACUGUAUCCUCUUCAACUCCCUGUGGGCCCACCUCCCCCAUGAUCUGGGCAAAGCGUCUCUCUUGCAGCUGCAGGACCAGACGGUGUCUGUUUUGUGCUCACCUUCUGAUGUCCCCGACGGGGGCUUCAGCAAUAUGAUCCCUAUGGUGAUGCGGGGCAACUGCACCUUCUAUGAGAAAGUCAGACUGGCGCAGAUCAACGGGGCUCGGGGGCUGCUGAUUGUCAGUCGGGAGAGGCUGGUUCCCCCCGCCGGCAACCGAAGUCAGUAUGAAGAGAUUGACAUCCCGGUGGCCCUGCUGAGCUACACUGACAUGUUGGACAUUGGCAAGAGUUUUGGCCCCUCAGUCAAGGUGGCGAUGUACGCGCCCAACGAGCCGGUCUUGGACUAUAACAUGGUGAUCAUAUUUGUGAUGGCUGUGGGCACAGUCGCCGUUGGUGGAUACUGGGCAGGAAGCCGAGAUGUGAAGAAGCGAUACGUGAAGCACAAGCGCGACGAUGGGGCUGAGAAGCACGAGGACGAGACGGUGGACGUCACCCCCAUCAUGAUCUGCGUCUUUGUGGUCAUGUGUUGCUCAAUGCUCAUCCUUCUGUAUUUCUACUACGACCAGCUAGUUUAUGCCAUCAUUGGGAUCUUCUGCCUGGCUGCCUCCAUCGGGCUCUACAGCUGCCUGUCUCCAUUUGUCAGGAGAUUCCCUUUGGGCAAAUGCAGAGUUCCUGAUAACAACCUGCCAUACUUUCACAAGCGCCCCCAGGUCCGGAUGCUUCUCCUGGCCGGAUUCUGCAUUGCUGUCAGCGUGGUGUGGGGAGUCUUUCGAAACGAAGACCAGUGGGCCUGGGUGCUCCAAGAUGCCCUGGGGAUUGCCUUCUGCCUGUACAUGCUGAAGACCAUCCGCUUGCCAACCUUCAAGGGCUGUACUUUGCUUCUCUUGGUCCUCUUCGUAUACGACGUCUUCUUUGUUUUCAUUACACCGUAUCUGACUAAGACUGGGGAGAGUAUCAUGGUGGAGGUGGCAGCUGGCCCCACAGAUUCUGCUACUCAUGAAAAGCUCCCCAUGGUGCUGAAGGUCCCACGGCUCAACUUCUCGCCCCUGGCGCUCUGUGACAGACCCUUCUCUCUUCUGGGCUUCGGGGACAUCUUGGUUCCAGGUCUGCUGGUCGCCUAUUGCCACAGGUUUGACAUUCAAGUCCAGUCCUCCCGGGUCUACUUCGUAGCCUGCACUAUUGCCUACGGCAUUGGCCUCCUGGUGACCUUCGUGGCGCUGGCCUUGAUGCAGAAGGGCCAGCCGGCGCUCCUCUACCUCGUGCCCUGCACUCUCCUCACCAGCUUCCUCGUGGCUGUUUGGCGCAAGGAGCUCAGCAUGUUCUGGACGGGCAGCGGCUUUGCGGUCAGCUGCAGUCGGGCACCUGAUGGAUUCUUGGUCACUCCUUGUGACCUCCGAGUCGGAGACUUUUGCAGCUACCUAGAAAUCAAAGGACCUACCUCAUCCUCCCUUGGUGAUCUCCCCUGUCAGCCGCCCGGUGCCCCCGAAAGCCGAGAGUUCCCCGACAUCUCAGCCAGAAGCAGACAAAGCAAUGACCGGCCCGGCCCUCCACCCCGAAGAGCUGACCAGCACCCCAUUGUGCAGCGGGGAGUCGCAGGCCGCCUCCCUCGAGACAGAAGAACAGCAGAUUGGGUCUCCUGAGGAGCAGGCCGGCCAGUCGGGCCCCAGCACGCCCCAUAUAGAAGAUCCGCCUACUCAGAAGGACGCCGAUGCCCCAGAAAGCAAGGACCAGCAAGCAGAGCCGAGCCCGUCUGACUAGGCGCAGCUUCCCCCGACCACCAUCCACUUCUCCCUCUCCCUCCCUCCCCCUUCCCACCCCCUGACCAUCACGGACUAACUCAAAGCGCAACCCAGGAACGGUUUGGUUGCAUAUCGGCGCUUGGCACAGAAGCGCAUCGCCUGUCUGAUCAUUCAGUGCAAAGAGAACUCAGCUGCUGAGUUCUGGGCAACACACGCAAGAGAUAACAUUUCAUACCCGAUUCCCCCCCACCUCCCCCGGUCGCCCAAAUAUGGUGCUUAAUGAAGGUUCUGGUAGAAUUUCAGUUUGUUUUUAAAGGAAGUGGUGAGUGGACGCCUUUCCCCUUCCCCGUUUCAUAAUGCUGGGGUAGUAUUACGAUGAUUUUUUUUAUAAACAGUAGACAGUUUUUUGCGCUUGUGUGGCUGUUAUUGCUUUAGCCUGGGGCCAUGGUGGGAAGAGCAUACCUCCUGGGUGUCUCUGACUAAAGGCAUUUUCCUUUUUGAAAAAGAGCUUCUUCCUCCUCCUCCUCCUCCUCCUCCUGGAAGGUUUUGUGUGUUGUAGGGUCCGUCUCCACCCCCCCCCCGCCCCUUCUUCUAUUGAACCAUUUCGGUACAAAUUUGUUGAGAGAAGAACUGGCCUCUAGGAAGGCUGGAAUCCUUCGUGAGGGGCUUCAGCUCUGUCUUUGUGUUUGUUUGGAUGGAGAAUCAUGGCGCGGUGGGCGUUGGAGCCCUGUCCCGUCUCACUGUCUUCUGAGCAUCUCUUCUGGGAAGCUUCCCCAGCCCUCAUGGUCUUAGAACGGUUUGCAAGAAACCUGCAGACCCGUGAGGCUGGGAGGCUGAUCCAGCUACCCUUUAAAACCCUAAGCUAAGAGGAGGGUUUUUAUGGCUGUCACUUUAUUUCCUGGGCAGGAGAAAUGGUUUGGUGUGCUGGAUUCUCCUCCUUCGACAGCAAAGAGGGUGGGUGGCAGGGACAAGAUCCGCUGGCUUGGAUUAAGUCUGUUGCCUGGGCACACAGACAGACUCCAGGGAGACAUCUCUCUGGGCACUAAUUUGGCCUGGAUCGCCAGCCCUUACUAUGCACCUGACAGUACUGCGUCUCCCACCUGCUGAUCCGAUGCUAUAAAUCUCUCCCCCGCGAGCUGCUUUCUAGGAAUUUGAUGGCCACUUUGCGGACAAAGUUCUUGUCUGCCGCCAUCCUGUCUAGUGCCCCCAACUCCUGGUGACCAGUAGACUUCCUUAGGUGAGGGACAAACAACUUUGGCUCUCCUGCAGAUGUUGGACUACAACUCCCAAAUCCCUGACUAUUGGCCAUUAGUGGGGGAUUAUGGGAGUUGUAGUCCAAAAACUGCUGGAGGCCAGAAUUCAGCCCUGCCAGGCUGUUCUUCCAUGAGUAAUGGGAGAGGCCUCUCGCAUCAUCUCCCCUGGCCAGGUGUCCCUCCCUGGAUGUCUGUGUUCUGCCAAGAGGUGACUCGUUUUGGGGUGGACCUGCUUCUCUCUUUCUCUCAGUAUCUCAGGCUUACUGUCUUGUUUGAGGUCCACUGGAAAUCCACAUGUUGGGUUUUCUAAGAGACAUCUGUGUGCUUCUUAAAAAAGAGGGCACCUUUCAAGCCAUUUGAAAAAGCAACCCCCAGUCUAAGUAUCUGUGGGAAGAACUGGAAAUGUGUCUUCAACAAACAGUUUGGGGAGGCUGUGGCUAUACCCUGGGAGUCGGGGGAAGGCCUUGGAUCUCUUGCUUAGUGAAUGCCUACCCGUAGCCUGGCCUGGCCCUCCAGUCUUAACGCUGGGCAAACAAGGACUCUCCCCUCUGGAUGGAUUACAGAGGGUGCCCCUGGGCAUCCCAAGAGUGUAACCUUUGUGGGUUUUGUGUGUCCCUCCCUUAUCACGUUAUCUUUGUUUUUCCAGACUGUAAAAUGUAGCUCUACAAUCCAUGUAUGGAAGUUUACCAGCUUCUGCAGAGUUCCCAGGCAAUCCUGCCAGAUCCCACCUACUAAGGUGCCUCUGGCCCUCGCUAUUCUGGGGAAGUCCCCUGGGUCACAAAGGCCUCAAGGCUUCCCCGGUUUGAGACAGGCUGGCUCCUUGGCGGGAUGUAUUGACGGUAAACAGACCUGGCGCUCACUUGUGCAGAAGGAUGGAUGCUUAUCUUAGAUACUACAGAAUUAUGCCUUAAUUUAAGCCAUUUUAUAAAUACUGUAUAUGGAACUUUGGUUUUACAAAAGCAGGUUAAACAAUAAACUUGAUGAAACAUCAGGUCAUUCAGAGCUGA